ACCUCAGUUCUAAAGGGAGCCGGCCCUCGAGCACCGUUCUGCAGGGUGCAAAGCGCAGGGGUGUUAAGCAAUCCCGGCUUCCUCCGAGCCUGCGAGACCCAGCACGCCAGCCUUGCCCCGGGUGUCUCGGGGCCACAUCUGCCAGGGCAUGGAGGAGGCAGCUGUGCAGCCCUCGGUGUUUGUGGUGGACAGACAGACAGACAUCCCAUUCACAAGGCUAGAGCGUGGCCGCCGGAGGCAGGCCUGCAGCGCUGCCCGGCUGGGCCUGAGCCUCGUCCUGCUGCUGCUGGCUGCUGGGCUGGCCGUGCAGGGCUGGUUCCUGCUGCGGCUGCACUGGCACCUGGAGGAGAUGACUGCCAGCCUGCCGGUCAGGGACGCGGGCUCCUGGGAGCAGCUUGUUCAAGAAGGGAGGUCCCACCAGACCAACCCAGCAGCACACCUCACAGGGGCCAAUGCCAGUCUGACAGGCAGUGGGGGCCCACUUCUGUGGGAGACACAGCUGGGCCUGGCCUUUCUGAGAGGCCUGAACUACCGAGAUGGGGCUCUGGUGAUAUCCCAGGCUGGCUACUAUUACAUCUAUUCCAAGGUACAGCUGGGUGGCAUAGGCUGCCCGCAGGGGCUGGCUGGCAGCCUGCCUGUCACCCAUGGCCUUUACAAGCGCACACCCCGCUACCCCAAGGAGUUGGAGCUCUUGGUCAGCCGGCGGUCUCCCUGUGGGCGGAUGGCCAGCCCCAGCGUCUGGUGGGACAGCAGCUUCCUGGGCGGCGUGGUGCACCUGGAGGCUGGAGAGGAGGUGGUCGUCCGGGUGCCUGGCGAGCGCCUAGUCCGGCUCCGCGAUGGAACACGAUCUUACUUCGGGGCCUUCAUGGUGUGAUGGUGGAACGAAUGGGAGGCUGGCAGGCAGAGACCUCAGAGGGUGCCCCAGGAGACAGAAAACCCAAUACGAAGAGAUUUGGGAGACUCCUGGGGAACCUCAAAACUCAGGGGCCAAGAACUAAGCCACUUUCCAGAUGGAAGAACCAGCUGGCUGUUGCAGAGGACCUAGAACUUCAGAUCCGGUUAUGGAAAAUACUGAAGCCAAAGACCCAGAGACUUGCGGUCCUGUAGGCCCCCAAGUGUGGGGGUAAAGCUGAUUGCCUGAUAUUCAGGAAGAAGGAAUGAGGGUGGAUAUUUAUGCUUCUGAUUCAGAGUGAAAUGGGACUUGGGGGUUCAGGGACGUGGCUGGAGAAAGAAAAUGUCACCGCCCACCCCACUCUCACGAGGAUGGGUGGGAGGAGGGUCAUCCCUGGACUCAUUUCUGUGGAGGGCCCAGCCCAGCCUCACAUACGGUCCUAGUCACACACUUGAGUACCACCCACAGGCUUGUGGCCACAUUCAGCCUGGCCACUCAACAUUACGCUCGGAGACAUAAGCCCCGCAGUGUGCUGGUAAACAUUUAACACCCACCUCUCCUGGGAAGGAGCAGCUUUGUAGUGAUUGCCCAUUUCCAUGGUGUAAAUUCUCCUCCCACCAUGACUGAUUUCCAGCUACCAAUGUAUCAUCCACCAGCUGGGUGCAUUGUGCCACUGCUAAGCACACACUUCCCAGGAGGGUGAGGAUUCCACAGAUUGGAGACCGUAGUGGCCUCGGCCACUGCAGAAAACCCAGCACCCUGCCCAGGGCCUGGCACACAGCAAAAACCCAAAACCAAACCCACUGCUGUUGAGUCGAUUCCAGCUCAUAGCAACCCUAUAGGACAGAGUAGAACUGCCCAGUAGCGUUUCCAAGGAGCAGCUGGUGGAUUCGAAUUGCCAACCUUUUUGUUUGCAGCCAAACACUUAACUGCUUCUCCACCAGGGCCCCGGCAUGCAGCAGGCACUCGGAAAAUUUUUGCUAAUUGAAAGAAAGAGCAAAUGAAUAUAUAGGUACGCCUACAGCAUCGUAGAGAAUUGAUCACACAGCUCCACAAUUUCAGUCGCCCUUUCACAACCACAGAUACAGACACUCAGAGCAUCAGAGUCACACACAACUGCACCAUCACACACAAGUCACACCAUCGGAAGCAAACAUUCAGCGGACACAACCUUUUGAAUGUACAACACAGUCACCAACAGGUCACAAGACAAUGUUGCAAGUGCAUAGUCACAGACACUACCUCAUGGUCACGGCCAUCACACAUAGCCAUACAAUCACAUACAAGUUAGGAGACAACAUCGCAACCACAGUCAUACAAGCCACGCCUGUCACACAUGACCACAUGACUGCAUACAAGUCACAGCUUUGUGAACUCACAGUCAUAGACACUGCAUUAUUACCAUGUAAAAUGCAAACAAAAGUCACAAGACAACAUUGCAACCAGUCACAAACACUACCUUGUAGUCACAACCAUCACACACAAUCACACACAAGUCACAAAGAACAUCACAUCACAGCCUCACAGUCACACCCAGUCACGACCAUCAUACCAGACUUGGCGUAAGUCGCAUCACAAUCUGACCCAGCUAUGUACACAGCAAUGCAAUGACAAACACACAACAUCACACACACACAGCUUGGCCUAAGGUUCCUUUCUAGCCAAGACUAAUAUAUACUGGGGUUUGAACCAUACCCUGUGCCCAGUCCUGGGCCUUGACUGCUGGUCGUUGAAAUAAACGGCAAACAUUUGCACCUGGAUCUGUCUAGUUCUUAAGGGAAGAAACCUGCUGGGAAAGGCGGGGCAGAGUUAUUAGGUCCCAAGAACCCCUUGAGGAAGGGGAGGGUUGGGUAGGGGAGCAAUGUCAGCCUAAAACAGGCAGCUGCUCACAGAAACAUAAGGUUGAGUAUAAUGAUCCAUGAAGGUCAUUUUACACAUGAGGAACCUGAACUUGUUGACCCACCCCCAAACGCAGGUCUGCCUUUCCCUCAAAUCCACAAUCCCUGUCAGGGUAGAGGUCAUACCCUGCAAGGCACCCUUACUGCAGACAUCCAGGGCACAGCGACAGUCUACCAAAGCAGCUGGAAGCUUGGAGUGAGUGGAAGCAAGAGGGGGGUAUAGGGGCGAGACCAGGGGCAGAUAAUUCCUUAUACAUCGGCUGACCUAUGCUAAUGAGCAUAUAUCACUGUGUGGCUGGAGGGAGGUCUUAGUUCCUAGGACCCUAGGAUAAGGGCACAGGCCCUGCAGGUGAAUUAAUGGUUAUAAUAUUGUUAUUGUCGAUACUAUUAUUGUCAUUGCUGCACAGUACAGGGGUGGAGAAAAUAAGCUUUACAAUCAGACCUUCCUGGAUUCUAAUUCCACUCUACCUCUUACUGGCUCUGUGACCUUGAGCAAGUCCUUUUUCCUCUCAGUGCCUCAGUUUCCUUGUCUGUCCAAGAGAGUCAACAGCAGUACUCGCCUCCUAGCUUGCUGUAGAGGUUCAAUAAGACCAGGCAUGGAAACUGUUUGGUAUGAUGCCUGGUACACAGUAGUAGCUCAUUACGUGUGCAGAUGCUGGAAGUGAUUUAGAAAUAUUAAUGAAAACUAGUAUUUGUUGGGCAAUUUCCACAUGCUAGGUAUCACGUGCGAGUCACAUCUUUGUAUACGUGCUUCAGUCCUGGGCAGAAAUAUCAUUGUCCCCUUAUUCCAGAUGGUAGGAGUUUCCUGCCUCCUCCCCUUGCUGUGCUGGUGGGAGGUGGGGCAGCCCCAAAUGCUUGGCCCCAGCCCUCGCUAGAGUUUCCUUUACUCUUAUCAUAGCUUUUCUGUUUCUGUGGUUUUGAUGGGGAGACCAAGGUGUGGAGACAUUGUAUUUAUAAAAGCCACCGACUUCCGCCUGGGGAUGGAACCUCUCACUAACUUUAACCUCCAAAUAUCAUUCCUGGGAGGGACCUCCCAGC